GCCAACUGCCUCUACACAGCCACGGCCGUCUGAUCCGGUUCAAGCUCAGUAAGUUGAGCCUCUUCACCCCUCUGCCUCUGCAUCUUCAUAAAGCUACCUCAAGACAGAGCAUAACUGCCUCAUUCUAGGAGUGGACUCGGGGAAGACAGCAGACACACCAUCAGGGAGCCCCUGGGUAUCUCCAGAACAUGGCAAGCCGUGGAUACCUGCAUCACCUGCUGACUGCAGAGGAAGCCUGGGAGGAGUUUGUAUCAAAGGCCAAGUUGCCCAGGGAUAGGGCAGCGGCCCUCCACAAAGCACUGAGGGAUCUGACAGCACUCUUGGCCAUAGCAGACAGAGGCAGAUCUCGGAAAGGCUGGAAAGGCAAGGAGAAGUUUGUGAAAGCAUUUCCUUGCUUGAAAGCAGACUUGGAGGAGCACAUCAGCCAGCUCCACGCCCUAGCCAACCAUGCUGAGGAACUGCACAGGGGCUGCACCGUCUCCAACAUGGUGGCUGACUCCUUCAGUGUUGCCUCCGACAUCCUGAACCUCUUUGGUCUCUUUCUGGCACCUGAGUCAGCAGAGGGAAGUCUGGUGCUCUCGGCAGCAGGCUUGGGGCUGGGGGUAGCAGCUACUGUGACUAAUGUUGCUACUUCAAUCAUGAAGGAAACAAGCAGGGUUUUGGAUGGAGUCGAAGCUGGUCACCAUGGUUCAACCGCCAUGGAUAUACUGGAGGAAGCUGGCACAAGUGUGGCUAGGAUUGCCAGCGAGAUCCCUCAGGCUACCAGAGAUAUCACCAGAGACCUGGAAGCCCUUGAGCAGCACAUGAAUGCCCUCAGUCUGGUCAGAGCCAACCCUCGCCUAGAAGAAGAUGCCAGGGCCCUCAUCAAUGCAGAUAGCAUCCCUGCCCAACGGGCUAAACAGGUGCGGGCCAGUCUGAAAGGAACCCCUCUGUCGAUGAGCAAGGAAGACCUGAUCCGCAGUGCCACCACCACCGGGGUCACCCUCUUGCGUGAUGUGGGGAGCCUUGUGAACGAGUCGAAGCAGUUGUACGAAGGGUCUGCUUCCGAAUCGGCAGCAGCACUAAGGAAGCUGGCUCAGGAGCUGGAGGAGAAGCUAGGGGAGCUCAUGAACGUCUACGAGACAAUCUGAUCAGGUUCCAGCCAGUCACCCCAUCCCCCAAGACAUGCAGACAUCAGGGGAGAGGACCUGGACAGAGGUAGGGACCAUGGAGGUGCUGUUAGAAGGAGAGCAAGACUACAGUCAGGUCCGAGGGACAUAGUGUGGAGGCCUGCUGAUGAACACAGCAAGGUUAGAGGACGGAGCAGUGGAUCAAAUGAGAUCCACUGGAGCCUGAGACGAGGGACCAGAGGAUGUGCUGCAAGAGGGACUGGGAAGAUUGAAAUCUAGACUAAACAUGGAGAAAAGGCAGUUUCGAAAGACUAGAAAACCCUCCUCAUCUGAGCCCCUGGAAACCCCACUAAACACAAACCAGAGAGAAAGGUGUGUGCUCUCUAAACAAGUCGCAGCCCCCAGCUCCCCAGCCCACUCCCACCCUCAGGGGUGGCAUCAAAUAAAUUGUUUCCAUU